AUGCGCUGGAAUCGCAUAUGCGGUGGUGCACAGGCGAUAGUAUCCUCCAGGCCAAGGGCAAUUCGUCCCCGAUUUCUCCCUUGGUCUGUUCUUCCUCCGACCCGGCGAUAUGUGCAGAAUAUACCAGUCGGGUCCCCGUCCCUAAAUCAGAACGGGCUUGAAGAAGAAGAUGAUGGAAAUGGGGGCACUAGGAAGAAGAAGAAAGACGAGGAUCCCGGCCCUUCCCUUAAGUCUACGAUCCUGAAAAUGCUGGAAGCCGCAGCAACUAUGUUUGCGUCAAUCGCUGUUGUAGGUGCGGCCGGAUACUCUUAUCAUCGGUACUAUAAACAUCUAGUCUUGGAGAAAAUGGACAAUGCCUUCAACCCAGGAGAUCCAGUUCUCGAGGUUGCUGGCGUGGCGCCUUCAAUGGGCACCGAUGGCAGUGAUACGGGUCACUGGGUCGAACGUGAGGAGCAGAAUAGGGUUGAUCAGAUAGUCAAUGGUACCAUUCGAGGCCGCUACUACCUGAUUAUCGGCGAAAAAGGAACUGGAAAGACGUCCAUGCUUCUCGAUGCCAUGAGGAAAAUUAAUGGCGAUGGAGUCGCAUUUUUCGAAGCACAUGCAGACCUUGAGAUUUUCCGUAUACGACUCGGCAAGGCUCUAGACUUUGAGUUUCAUGAAGACUAUAUCGGCAGUUUGUUCAGCAUUAGAGGACCUCGGGACACCACAGCCUUGCUGGAUAUUGAACGAGCUCUCAAUAAACUUGAGAAAGUCGCGCUUGCGCGGCGGCACAAGGGCGGGAGACCGUUGGUGUUAAUUGUUAACAGCACCCAUCUUGUCAGAGACGAUGAAGAUGGGCGUGACCUUCUAGAGAUGAUCCAGCAACGUGCUGAGCAAUGGGCAGCAAGCAACCUGGUAACAAUGAUUUUCAACAGCGAUGAUUACUGGGUCUAUGAACGGUUAAAGCGUUACGCCACCCGAAUGGAGAUUAUUCCUGUUCCUGAUCUUCCCAAGAAUCAAGCGAUGAUAGCUCUUAGGCAAUACAGGCAGAAAUACUUUAACGAGACCCUCGAAGAUUCGAUUCUUGAACAGGUCUAUGACAGGGUUGGCGGCCGGCUAACAUUUCUCAAUCGCGUUGCAAAAUCAAGGGACAUGUUGGGGACAUGUGCGCAGAUAUGCCAGGCGGAGAAGAAAUGGUUUCUCAACAAAUGCUGGAUAUUGGGUGCGGAAAUGGACGAUGAUGUUAUGAAUGAGCAGAAAUACUCGUCUGCCGCAAUGGUCCUCGCUAAAGAGCUGGUCGACCGGGAAAAGGGCAUGGACAAAACCUAUCACCCGGAACAGGGACACAUCCUUCCACAGAUGCCUCUUCACGAAGCGCGACAAGUCAUGACAAGAGCAGACUUUAUCCAGAGCUACGAUCACGAUAACAUAUUCACCAUCGACUCCAAUGCCAUGGUUCGCGCGGACUCCGUUCCGAUGCAAAUUGCCUUCAGGGAGAUUUGCAAUGAGCCAGGCUUCGCCGAACACCUGGAAAAGACCCUAAAUCGAAUUAGCGAUAUUGAGAGCUUGGGCAGGACCCGAGAACUUACUGUCAAGGACUUUUGGCACAAUGGGUCAUUCAAGGCGGUCAUUCGCGAUACGAGAGGUAGAGAGGCUGGAACUGUAGAGAUCGGUGUGGUUCAACCCAAAGAAGAAGAAGGAGGAGGAGGAGAUGAUGAUUAA